UAUGUGUAUUGUUUAUUAAUAGACCGGCAAUUGUAGGCAAAUGUAGUGUAAGUGUAUAGAAGUGUUACGUGUACUCAAUAAUCGUAACAUUCAUUCAAAACAACUAACAAUUUAUUUAUUAAUUUCAAUACAAUUAAUGCAAACAUGAGUUUGACUUCAAUUGUAUGCAAAGUGUUGUUAGUGUUGACUGUGAUUACAGUCUUGAUAUUAAUGACAGUUUCAUCACAAAAGAAAAAAGAGCAAACUCUCGGCGAAAGAGUUCAACAGUUGACCGAACUGUCGCUCAAACGACCGACUAUUCGACUGAAUGGCGAAAAGUUUCGGCAAUGGAUUGGCUCGAAGUCAAUGCCACGGAACUACUCUUUUGUAGUGAUGAUGACUGCAUUAUCACCGCAAAGACAGUGCUCGAUCUGUAGACAAGCCAACGAUGAGUUCCAGAUUGUUGCCAACAGUUGGCGAUAUUCACCGCAAUUUUCUUCCCGACUUUUCUUUGGACUCAUUGAUUACGACGAGGGCUCCGAUGUGUUUCAGUCAUUGGGAUUGAAUUCGGCGCCCGUUUUCCUAUACUUCUCUGAAAAGGGUAAAGUCAAGUCAUCGGAACAAAUGGACAUUCAACGGGUCGGGUUUGGAGCCGAGACUAUUGCCCGAUGGAUUGCCGAGAAGACUGAUAUUCAAAUCCGAGUGAUCCGUCCGCCCAACUAUUCGGGAACCUUAGCUUUACUCAUACUCUUUGCAUUGAUCGGUGCUCUUCUUUAUAUGAGACGAAAUAACUUAGAUUUCCUCUACAAUAGGACCUCUUGGGCUUUGGCAGCACUGUCAAUAGUGUUAGCCAUGACCUCCGGCCAAAUGUGGAACCACAUCCGCGGACCUCCGCUUAUGCAUCGCACAAAUAAAGGCGUUUCCUAUAUUCACGGCAGUAGUAGCGGACAGUUUGUUAUAGAGACGUAUAUUAUAUUUAUCUUAAACGCUGCGAUAGCUUUUGGUAUGAUUUUGAUGACCGAAGCCAUGAAAGGAAAGGGAGACUCGAAAAAGAGGAAAAUUAUGGCAAUCAUAGGCAUGGGAUUAGUGGCCAUAUUCUUCAGUUCGCUUAUCUCUAUAUUUAGGAGUAAAGCUCACGGAUAUCCCUAUAGUUUUCUAUUUAAAUAAACGCACCAAAUGUUUAAAUAUGUUAUUUCAUGUUUUUCAUAACUAGUAGUCAAUAAAUUAAUUUUUAUUUAAUUGAAAAGAUAAAUAUAUAAAUUGCAUUUUAUUAAUAAACAUUCAACUUUU